AUUAAAUCCUCAUCAAAACCCAACAAUACAAACCGUAACAGUUAAAAUCAAAGUUCGACAAAAAUUUAAAAAAAAAAAAAAAACAGUUAAAAUCAAAGCGUUCUAUUUUCCAAUUUCCAUUCUUUACAAGGGGAGAGCAAGAAACUCCGGCUUCAACAACCCGUCUUCUCAUCAGUCCACCAAAGCUCAAAAAUAUCACCAUUUCUAGAUAAAGUUUCUGUCUUUUUCUGGUUUUAUAUGCUUAAGUUAUCAAACUUUGACAACAUUUCAGUUCCAAAUACUGUUCGCUUUCUGUUCCUCUUCCUAUUGUUUGCUUCUGAUACCAAGCUCCAUACGCAGCCUAGUUGGGCAGAUUGAGAUGGGUAUAUACCUCAGCUCUCCUAAAACAGAAAAAUUCUCAGAGGAGGGUGAGAAUGAUAGGCUCAGAUAUGGCUUGUCAUCCAUGCAAGGUUGGCGCGCAACGAUGGAAGAUUCUCAUGCUGCAAUACCUAAUUUGGAUGCUUCCACUUCGUUCUUCGGUGUUUAUGAUGGCCAUGGAGGUAAAGUAGUUGCAAAAUUUUGUGCAAAGUUCCUUCAUCAGCAGGUCCUGAGGAGUGAAGCUUAUUCAGCUGGAGAUAUUGGAACUGCUUUGCAGAAAGCAUUUUUCAGAAUGGAUGAGAUGAUGCGUGGACAAAGAGGAUGGCGGGAAUUAGCUGUAUUGGGUGAUAAAAUAAACAAGUUCACGGGCAUGAUAGAAGGGUUGAUAUGGUCUCCAAGGGGUAGUGAUAGUAAUUGCCAACCUGACAAUUGGGCUUUUGAAGAGGGACCGCACUCUGAUUUUGCUGGACCAACUUCUGGAAGCACAGCUUGUGUUGCAAUUAUUAGGAACAACCAAAUUAUUGUUGCUAAUGCUGGUGAUUCUCGAUGUGUAAUAUCUAGAAAGGGCCAGGCAUAUAAUCUUUCUAGAGAUCACAAACCGGAUCUUGAGGCUGAGAGAGACAGGAUAUUGAAAGCUGGUGGUUUCAUACAUGCAGGACGGGUCAAUGGCAGUUUGAAUCUUGCAAGAGCUAUCGGUGACAUGGAAUUCAAGCAGAAUAAAUUUUUGCCUGCUGAAAAGCAAAUUGUAACAGCCAAUCCAGAUAUAAACACCGUUGAGCUAUGCGAUGAUGAUGAAUUUAUUGUGCUAGCAUGCGAUGGAAUAUGGGACUGCUUGUCAAGCCAGCAACUAGUAGAUUUUGUUCACGAACAACUGAGAACGGAAAGCAAGCUUUCUGUAGUGUGCGAGAGAGUACUGGAUAGGUGUUUGGCGCCAUCGACGGCAAGCGGUGAAGGAUGUGACAACAUGACCAUGAUCUUGGUGCAGUUUAAGAAACCAAUCCAGCGCACUUCUUCCGCAAAUGAGCAAUCCUCAGGAACUGAAUCUGCUGACGAUGGAUCUAAACAAAAUGAAAACGAAUUGAAGUAGCUGCUAUCUGUUGAUAUCUAUCUUCAGAUGCAACCAUUGUGCAGCCAUGUGGGUUGAAAAAUGUACAAGGGUACUUCACUUUCUUGAAAAGUUGGAUCCUUUUAUAUCUUUGUAGAUGAUUUAACAUGAAGUGCUUUAUGUUUGAAUCACAUUAUCACAUUCAAUAAAAUGUAUAGCUCUUUUGAGAACA